AUGUCCGUUGCAGCUCUAUCCAAGUCGCUGCCAAAGCCGAAAUACUCGGGCGAAGAGGAGGAGCUCACCAACAGCACGCGCGUGCUAACCGCAGAGCAAUAUGAAGCGCAAGUAGUCGCGAAGAAGGGCCCGCCGCCCUAUGGCCAGAGGCAGCACUGGAGGCCCCGCGCGCCUGAAGGUAAGCAAAACACGUAUGGAAGACACACGGGAGAACCACUGACAUCACCAGACUUUGGCGAUGGAGGCGCAUUUCCGGAAGUACUCGUCGCGCAGUACCCGCUCGACAUGGGAAAGAAGGGCCAACCAUCCACAUCCAACGCGCUUGUGAGGAGAGUCGACGGCGAGGGCAAGACCAAGUACGACGAGAUCGCGCGACGCGGACACGGCGAUUCGAGGAUUGUGCAGGCCAGCUUCAAGGACCUCAUUCCUCUGCGCCAACAGGCAGACGCUGGCGAGCUGGACUUGUCGCGUCCUUCUGCGGAGGUUGUCCAAGCAACCAAGGAGAAGACUGAGCAGGCCCUCAUGGCCCUGGUUCAAGGGCAGACUGCCGCGCAACGGCCCAAGAACGUACAGGGCAGGAAGAACGACGAGCCGACCUUCGUCAGAUAUACACCCACAGCUCAGCAUGGCCAGGCUCAGGGCCAGACGCGCAUCAUCAAGAUCCAGCAAAGACAGAUCGAUCCCAUGGAGCCGCCCAAGUUCAAGCACAAGCGCAUUCCUCGCGGACCACCAUCGCCCCCUCCACCCGUCCUGCACUCGCCGCCGCGAAAGCUGACCGCCGAAGACCAAGAACUUUGGAAAAUCCCACCCCCAAUCAGUAACUGGAAGAACCCCAAGGGAUACACAGUGCCACUAGACAAACGUCUAGCAGCCGAUGGUCGCGGCUUGCAGGACAUCACGAUCAACGACAAGUUUGCUCAAUUCGGCGAAGCGUUGCAGGCAGCCGACAGACAUGCACGAGAGGAGGUUAAGCAGCGUGCGAUCAUGCAGCAAAGAUUAGCAGAGAAGGAGAAGCUACAAAAGGAGGAGCACCUGCGAAACCUGGCGAAAGAGGCACGAGAACAGCGCGCCAACACCUCCCGAAGACGGUCACAAAGCGAAUCGGACACUGAUUCAGAAGAAGAGGCAGUGCGGAAGCGAAUGGACGCUCGCAAGGAGAGGCGCGAAGACUUCCAACGCGAACUCCGUCAGUCGCGGAUGGGUACCGAGCGCAAGAUCCAGAUGCUGGCUCGGGAGCAGAAUCGUGAUAUUUCUGAAAAGGUCGCACUCGGUCUGGCAAAGCCGACACAGAGCGGAGAGUCCAUGUACGACUCGCGGCUGUUCAACCAGUCCAGCGGAUUCAACGCUGGCUUCAACGAGGACAACCACUACGACAAGCCUCUCUUCGCAGCUCAGGAUGCUAUCAGUAGCAUCUAUCGCCCGAGUGUACAGCAGGAUGACGGAGAGGACGAAGGGCAGACCUACGACCGGAUCACCAAGUCGAGCAAGUUCGAAGUCCUUGGAAAGGCCAAGGAGGGCUUCAAGGGUGCGGAUCUGCAAGAAGCCCGGGACGGACCAGUUCAAUUCGAGAAGGAUACUGACGAUCCGUUCAACAUCAACCAGAUGAUUGACGAAGUUCGUGGUGAAAAGGGCGAGAAGACAGGAGAGAAGCGUUACGGCAUCCAAGAGCCGGAGGGCAGAUCAGCCAAGCGCGCCAGGGUUGAUGAUGACAGUGAUUGA